ACACAGUGCCCCGGGGUGGAGACCGUGUGCGUGGACCUGGGAGACUGGGAGGCCACGGAGCGGGCGCUGGGCAGCGUGGGCCCCGUGGACCUGCUGGUGAACAAUGCCGCCGUGGCGCUGCUGCAGCCCUUCCUGGAGGUCACCAAGGAGGCGUGUGACACCUCCUUCGAUGUGAACCUGCGGGCUGUCAUCCAGGUGUCCCAGAUCGUGGCCCGGGGCCUGAUCGCUCGAGGGGCCCGAGGGUCCAUCGUGAAUGUGUCCAGCCAGGCCUCCCAGCGGGCACUGACCAACCACAGCGUCUACUGUGCCACCAAGGGUGCCAUGGACAUGCUGACCAAGGUGAUGGCUCUGGAGCUUGGGCCCCACAAGGUGGGCCUUCUG